AUGAGUUUUGAACCAACGAUUAUUCGUUUUCCACCAGAAUUGAAAAUCAGAAUUCGAGGAUUAUAUACUUGCGCCGACAUGAAUGUUGUAUUGGAUGCAAUGGAAGCAUGUGCUGACCUGGCGAGUUAUCCACUUGAAAAAAUUGUUGGAUUAUACCCGAAAAAAGAGAAAAAUUUCUAUCACAAGCAUAUCAAAAGCGCGAAGUAUUUAAAAAUUUAUGGAUGCGGUGAGCAAGUGGAUUGGGCUCAAGUGUAUAUCAACCUCGAGAACCAGAAAAUUCACAACUGUCUAUCUCAUAGGGAUAUAACAACGACAGAGUGCAAUGAACUCAUCAAAAAAUGGAUUGUGGACGAGAAACCAGUGGGAACUUGCUUGAGCUUUUCCAUCGAUCACAAGUAUCACUUGCCUAGCUACUACGAGAGGAUUUAUUGUUAA